CGUCGCACUGCUCUUUGUCGGCCGAUCGCAGUGCACGUAGCUUUGGCGAACGAACAGGACCGGUCAGUUUAUUGUCUUUAACCGCGAACCUCAGCGUUACAGCAUUUCCAUGUUAGUCACUUGCCACCGACUUAUCACCCGGCUGUAUCCAUCGUCCUUGAGAUUGGCGAAAAUGAGUCAAGUCGGUGAAUUGGGAAGCGGUGCCGGAAAGGGAGGUGGCGGCGGUGGCUCCAUCCGGGAAGCGGGCGGAUCGUUCGGCAAGAUGGAAGCGGCACACGAGGAGGAAUACUUUUACAAACAGCAGCGUGAGCAGCUGCAGCAGCUUAAAACGAAAAGCAACACCCCAGCGGACAGCUCCUCCGCUGGUGCUGCUGAUCCGGUGAAGCAGUAGCACCGCCUUCGGAACGAGAGAGAAAAAGGACGGGCACUUGGACUUACCUUUGUUGACCUUACCGAAACUGGCGAUUCCCGUCCUGUGCAGCAUGUGACCGUAAACCGAUAGCUCAUCGAUCGACGCGUUUAGGCUCGGCCCGGCGGGCGAAGGACGCCCUCCUGCCUCGCCUCGGGCACCCGGACGGAAUGGAAAGUCUUCGUACACGUUCCGCCAAUCGCCGUACGCGGCAAAGUUAUCCUCGUGGUUUAGCGCGUACCGAUCGAACACGAGAUCCUUUUUAAUACUACUGUACACUUUGGUAGGCUUUUGUAAUGAAACGAUGGCGAAAUCGAUGCCCGCGGCUAGCUGCUG